AUGGUGGGCUUUGACCCCAGGGCACAGGGGGUCCCUCUAAGCGCCCGUGAGGCAGCUUUGGCUGGGUCGGCCGCUGGCACGGUCACCCGAGCUCUCAUCAGCCCCUUGGACGUCAUCAAAAUCCGAUUUCAGCUGCAAAUUGAGAGUCUGUCCUCCACGACGCCGGGUGGGAAGUACUGGGGUAUACUUCAGGCAGCACUCCGCAUUCACUCUGAAGAAGGCCUCGCCGCUUUUUGGAAGGGUCACGUCCCUGCGCAGCUGCUUUCCAUUUGCUACGGAGCAGUGCAGUUUGCCACUUUUGAGCGCCUCACCAAGUUGGUCCAUGACAAGACCAUUUUGGACAGUCAGACAUCAGGCGUUCACUUCCUGUGCGGUGGUUUGGCCGCCUGCUCAGCUACGGUGGCAUGUCAGCCUUUGGACACGCUCAGGACGCGUUUUGCCGCACAGGGCGAGCCCAAGCUGUACAGGAACCUCCCACACGCCGUGAGCGCCAUGUGGCGGUCAGAGGGUACACUGACAUUCUACCGAGGCCUCUCUCCGACGCUCAUCGCAGUUUUUCCAUAUGCGGGACUGCAGUUUUUCUUCUACAAUGUCUUCAAAAGGCUUUUGGCGUCUCAUCUCGCCACUGGCAAGUCUGAAGAAAACCUGAAAAGUCUCCUGUGCGGAAGCGGCGCCGGAAUGAUCAGCAAAACAAUCACAUACCCAUUCGAUGUUUUCAAGAAGAGACUGCAAGUUGGAGGCUUUGAGGAGGCCAGAGUUCACUUUGGACAGGUGCGGCACUACCGAGGCUUGGCAGAUUGCGUGUCACGGAUGACCAAAGAGGAGGGCGUGCGAGGCUUUUUUAAAGGCCUCUCUCCCAGCCUGCUCAAGGCGGCACUGUCCACCGGCUUCACUUUCUUUUGCUACGAAAUGUUCCUCGACGUGCUGCGAGAACUCAAAAAAGACCGGCAAAGGUAG